AUGAACGUGCCUGUCCGUGUCGAGCAUUGCUUUCGAAAGGCAACGUAUGUUAUUGUUACUGCAACCCUUGUUGACCCAGAAGUUGACAGAGCAGGAGGGACUACGCUGGCACACAUCAUAGCCAACAGCAGCAAAAAGAACGGCACGAGGUUUGUGACACUGUCAGCCACAAGUGCCAAGACAAAUGAUGUUCGAGAUGUCAUCAGCCAAGCCCAGAAUGAAAAAAGACUCUUCAAGAGAAAAACCAUCCUCUUUAUUGACGAGAUCCAUCGUUUCAAUAAAUCUCAGCAGGACACUUUCCUUCCUCACGUUGAGUGUGGGAUGGUGACCCUGAUAGGAGCGACCACAGAAAACCCUUCCUUCCAAGUCAACGCCGCUCUUCUGAGCCGAUGCCGAGUGAUCGUCCUGGAGAAGCUCUCAGUUGAAGCGAUGGAGGCGAUUCUGAUGCGGGCUGUCAGGUCUUUAGGGGUCCAGGUUUUGGGCCAGGGCGACCAGCACGGCAGCUCUGCAACUGGCAGCAGCAGCGGGAGCUCGGAGUUCCCGGUGUACAUAGAGGAGAAAGCUCUAAAUACCCUAGCCUACCUCUGCGACGGCGAUGCAAGGGCUGGACUGAAUGGGCUCCAGUUAGAGGUUCAGGCCAGGGUUCAGGCCAGGUUAGCAGUGGGGAAGACCACUCCUUUGAAUAUUACCGAAGGCGGUUCUGCAGAUGGCAUUCUGAUCACAGAAGAGCAUGUAAAGGAAGGGCUACAGCGAUCUCACAUCCUGUAUGACCGAGCAGGAGAAGAACAUUACAAUUGCAUCUCUGCCCUGCAUAAGUCUAUGAGAGGCUCAGAUGAAAACGCUUCCCUUUACUGGCUUGCUCGGAUGCUUGAGGGUGGUGAGGAUCCCCUCUACGUGGCAAGGAGGCUGGUGAGGUUUGCAAGUGAAGAUAUAGGUUUGGCAGAUCCUCUGGCUUUAACACAGGCAGUUGCUGCUUAUCAAGGCUGUCACUUUAUUGGAAUGCCAGAAUGUGAGGUCAUUCUGGCACAAUGUGUGGUGUACUUUGCGAGAGCACCGAAGUCUGUCGAGGUGUACAGGGCAUAUAGCAACGCCAAAGAAUGCCUGAGAACGCACACAGGGCCUCUGCCUCCCGUUCCGCUGCACCUGAGAAAUGCCCCAACGAGGCUCAUGAAGAACUUGGGCUACGGUAAAGGCUAUAAAUAUAACCCCAUGUACAAGGAGCCUGUAGAGCAGGACUACCUGCCGGAAGAGCUGAAAGGAACAGACUUCUUCAAGGAACGAAAAGCGUGA